AUGUUUCAAAAUGAAUUUUUAAAAAACACUAAAAUCUUUUAUCUCGACGAGGGUAGCGUUUUAAUUAACGCUAUAGAUAUACGGGCAUAUUUAAGACAUUGUCAGGCUAGAAUAAAAGAAGAAUUGAUUAGAGGACAGCUGUAUCUAAAAAAAUCUACUUCAAACGCAGUUUUAGAACUCCUAACAGAAAAUUUAAUAAAAGAACGCCUCCCAGAAAUAUUGGCAAAAAUAUUUAUUUUAUUAGAUAAAGGCGUCGUAGAUAAAAUCGAUUUGAAAAUAUUAUACGAUUUAGUAAGAAAAGUAAACGUCGGUUUGAAUAACCUCAUUGUCCACUUCAUAGAAUUUAUUAUGAAAAGAGGAAAUUUCAUCGUGAGUAAACCGGAAAAUGAUAAAUACAUGAUACAAGAGUUGUUGGAUUUAAAAGAUGAGUUGGAUGAUAUUGUUGAACAUGGAUUCCAAGCUAACGAUAUUUUCAACGAUAUUAUAAGAAAUUGUUUCGUGAAAUUCAUGAAUAGUAAGCAGAAUAAAUUGUCUCAAUUGUUGGCAAAAUACGUUGAUUUGAAAUUGAAAUCGAGAGAUAUAUCGGAAGAGCAACUAGAUAACGUUUUUGACAAAGUAAUGGUACUCUUUAGAUACAUUCAAGGGAAAGAUAUUUUCGAAGCUUUCUACAAAAAAGAUUUAGCAAAAAGAUUACUAUUAGGAAAAUCUACUAGUCAAGAUGCUGAAGAUAGUAUGAUCGGCAAAUUAAAAGCGGAAUGCGGCACGGGAUUUACUUCAAAAAUAGAAGGGAUGUUUCAAGAUAUUAACAUCAGUCAAAGCAUGAACAGCGCUUUCAAGCAACAUUUAUGUCAUACGUGCUCUCCAAUAUCCUCCGAUCUUUGUAUCAACGUACUAACUAGUAGUUUUUGGCCAAAUUAUCCCACUUUCAAAGUGAAUUUACCCGCAGAAUUGAUCAACUUUCAAGAUACUUUCCAGAAGUUUUACUCUAUCAAUCAUAGCGGAAGAAAAUUGUUUUGGCAACCAAAUUUGGGGCAUUGUAUUGUGAAAGCAUAUUUCGAAAACGGUAAAAAAGAACUGCAAGUUUCCCUAUUACAAACUAUAGUUUUAUUACUAUUCAACGAUUCUCAAAAAUUAACGUUUAGGGAAAUAUACGAAAUCACAAAUAUCGAAAUGGAGGAAUUGAAAAGAAUAUUAAUAUCUUUGGUUUACGUUAAAAAUAGAGUGUUAUUGAAACAAUCAAAAACCAAAGAUAUAGAACCCGAAGAUACAUUCUGCAUCAAUACUAAAUUCACUGAUAAAUUAUUCAGAGUUAAAAUUAAUCAGAUUCAGUUGAAGGAAACUGUUGAAGAACAACAAGCAACUGAAAAAAGUGUCCUUGUCGAUAGGCAGUUUCAAAUAGAUGCAGCGAUUGUGAGAAUAUUGAAGAAUAAAAAGAAGAUCGGGCAUAAUGAGUUGAUUUCUGAAUUGUUCAAUAAUUUGGAUAUACCAGUGAAACCGUACGAUUUGAAGAAGAGGAUUGAACUUUUGAUCGAAAGAGAGUAUAUGGAUAGAGAUAAUCAAUAUUCCAUCUACCGU